AUGCAAAUAAGAUUAUACGUAUUGCGAAUAUUAUUUAUUCUAUGUGCUUUCCAAAGAGAAGAAUGCACUGCAACCGAAUGUUAUCAAUGUAACAGUAAAAAGGAUGAAGAUUGUUCCAUUAAUAAAGUACAUUAUAAAUAUUUAAAAUUGUGUCCAUCGGGUCAUUUUUAUUGCCGUAAAGCUGUUUAUAUGUAUUAUUUUAUGGGUUCAUAUAAUAGUAUAAUAAUGCGUGAAUGCGCAAAAUUGCGAAAUAGCCAAAAGAAAUGUUAUCAAGGACGCUACACUCGAGAUAGUUAUCAACUUAUCUGUGAAUGUAUGGGUUAUGGCUGCAAUUCUUCUCAACAAUGCUCACCCAAUCUCAUGAUCUACUUUCUGUGUACAGUUUUAAUUAUUAUUUUAUUA